AUGAAGAAGACUAAUAAGAGGCCCGACGGGAGAAAGUUCCAGAAAGGAGGCAAGCCAUUUCGUUCCGACAAGGGCGAGGGAAGAGGAAGGAUGAACAACAAGAAGAAGGGAAGUGUGAAUGCUGGACUUGACAGGAAGGUCUUGGUUGAGCCCCACCCGAGGUUUCCGGGGGUAUAUAUCAGUAGAGGUAAGGAGGAUCUCCUGCUCACAAGAAACCUGGUCCCUGGGGUCAGCGUGUAUGGAGAAAAGAGGGUUGCUGUUGAUCUCGAGGGCAUGAAGGUCGAGUAUCGUGUCUGGAAUGCAUACAGAAGCAAGCUUGCAGCGGGGAUUGUGUGUGGAGCUGAGAAUAUUCACAUGGAGCCUGGAAGCAAAGUGCUGUAUCUCGGGGCCUCGUCUGGAACGACUGUCUCCCAUGUGUCUGACAUUGUUGGGAAGGAUGGGGUAGUGUAUGCCGUGGAGUUUAGCGAGAGGUCCGGGAGAGACCUGAUAAACAUGUCUAUGAAGCGGCCCAACAUUGUCCCUAUAAUAGAGGAUGCAAGGUACCCGUCGAGGUACAGGAUGCUCGUGCCGAUUGUUGACUGCAUUUUUUCAGAUGUUUCCCAGCCAGACCAGACAAGGAUUGUUGCGCUGAAUGCCCAGUACUUUCUCAAGGAGGGAGGAGGAGUUGAUGUCUCUAUCAAGGCCAACUGUGUUAACUCGGCGGUCCCUGCAGAGACGGUCUUUGCAGAUGAGGUGAACAUCCUGAGAAAGAACAGCAUCAGACCGAAGGAGCAGGUGACUCUUGAACCAUUUGAAAAGGACCAUGCAAUGAUCAUCGGAAGAUUUAAGCUAUCGGCAUCUGAAGAGAAAAGGCAAUCCUCUCAAAAGAAGGACUGA